CCCGCGCGUGUAGCCGUGCAGGUAUAUAUAGUAAAGGCCGGCGUUCAGUAAAGUAUCCAGUCAAUUGGUAGCUGUAGGGUUGAACAGUACCAACUCGGCAGACGCAACAAGCAUUAUGGCUUCCAGUGCUAUGAUCCAAAUAGCUCUACUAGGACUCCUAGUUGUGUCCACCGCAUUUGCUGACACCAAGCCGGCAGAUAAGAACGAGAAGAAAAGGGACACCUUAUUCAACCCAUUCACAUUUGGAGCCAAGACUUUUGGCUCAUCAACCCCAGCUCCAUUUUUGUUUGGUAGCUCAUUCUCGUCGACUGCAGCACCAUUCAGAUCCGUUUCUUACAGCUCCACACCAGCUCCGUUCGCAUUCGGUAACUCUUUUGCAUCAAAUGCCUACUCCAACGCAGCGGCAGCUCAAUCUUCCGAUGGAGCAUUAUUCAUUGGAUCUUCCACACCUGCUCCAUUCUACGAUGGAUCAUUCGGUUCUUCCACCCCAGCUGCUCUAAUUGGUUCAUCUACACCCGCACCUUUCAUAUCUGGUGCCGCAGUGUCCAGUGCCGCACUAUCGGACGCAAGCUUCGCGUAUUCUUCCACCCCAGCUUCACUUUUAGUUGGAGGAGCUUCGCCCGUUGUUUCGUCUACUCCGGAAGCGGUUGUUUUGAAUAGAUCACCGGCUUUUGCUACAUCAUACGGUUCAUACUAUUCAGGAGCUUACGCCCCGUCGUUCUCUCAAGGCGCAAUCGUCAAGUCUGACGCAAUCAGCCACGAUGCAGUUGAAAUACCAGCAGUAGCUAACGCCCCUGCACCUCAUCACGAAGUUACCAUCACCAAAGAAGUUCCAGUUCCAUACUACGUCCAAGUUGAAAAGAGAGUCCCAUACCCCGUUGUCGUUCGUGUUCCACAUCCAUACCAAGUUACUGUAGAAAAACACGUGCCAUACGCCGUACAUGUCAAUGUAGACCGUCCAGUUCACGUUCCUCAACCAUACCCAGUCGAAGUUGAGAAGAGAGUGCCAUACCCAGUAGAAAAGCCAGUACCUUAUGAAGUGAAGGUCCCAGUCGACAGGCCGUACGCAGUUCCAGUUCCAGUUGAGAAACCCGUCCCAUACGCGGUUGAAAAACCAGUCCCAUACCCAGUGCGAGUAAAUGUUGACAGACCAUACCCCGUAGAAAAACCAGUGCCAUACCCAUUUUCCGUCGAAAAUCCAGUGCCAUACGCAGUAGAGAAGGCUGUGCCAUACCCAGUUGAAAAAUUUGUUCCAUAUGCUGUUGAAAAGAUUGUUCCUUAUCCAGUUAGGUACGAUGUUCCUGUUAAAGUUUCAGUUCCAGUUGAAGUUAAAGUUCCAGUAUCAGUGGACAGACCAGUCCCAUACCCAGUAGAAAAGAGAGUGCCAUACCCAGUUCAAGUUCCAGUUGAAGUUAAGGUCCCAGUCCCAGUUGCAGCUCCAGCUCAACGUUUCGCCACUGUCCACUAUUAUCAACAAUCUCCAGUCGCUUUGGGAUAUGAAUCAAGUGCUCUUUAUGGUCAAUCUGGUUACAAAGCUUUCUCAUCUGGUUUAGCUCAAGGUUCUGGAAGUUCAUUCUACAGUUCUUCUCCAGCGUCUGCUGGUGCAUUCUACAGCUCUACUCCAGCGUCUGCUAGUGCAUUCUACAGCUCUACGGCUAGCCCAAUCAGCACAUACAGUUCAACUGUCAGCCCAGCUGGAUUCUACGGCUCAAACGUCGUCCAAGAAGGUUUCGUUGGUUCAUCCGCCGCUCCAUUCAGUUUCGGCCAACAAUCUUUCUUUGGAUCUUCGACACCAGCCCCAUUCAACACUUUCUCCUCUGACUUAGCAUCUUCUGAAUUAAAGUCUGCUAGCAUUGGAUCUGCCAGUCUAGAUUCGGUCGCUGUUGGAAGUGCAUCUUUGAAAGCCACCAACUUUGACGUUGUCAAGAAAUAAAUCGUUGAAAACUUAAAUUUAUCUGAUAUGGAAUUUUCAUUAUUUUAAUGUUCAUAGAAUAAUGGAAAAAUGAUCUAUAUUUUUUUUAGAAAGCCGUCAUUUGUUUUGCAGAUUGACGAUUUCAAUUAUUAAUCUGUAAUAUUUUAAAGAAGUAAAAUAAAAAAAAAUACGUGCAAUUAACUAAUUAAAUGUAUUUAUUUCAUAUUAUUCAAUACAAUGAAUCAAGAUAAAUCUGUAUGGUUUGAAAUCAAUUUAAAUUGCUAAAAAUAUGUAAUGAAAAGUAAUCUUCGGAAAAUUGAUAAAUAUUUUCAUUGCUUUCAACAUAAGUAGAUACAUAGACUACCAUUGUCCAUUAGGGACUGUGUGAAAAAAAA